AUGGCGUCGUCUAUACGGGAGGACACCCCUAGUCUGACAACCAGAGUGAGCUUCCGGAUCAAGUCAAAUGGUUCAUUAAAUGAUGCAAUGCUUAUAUCCAUUUUGUCGCUUGUGAUAAUGAUAUUCGUCAUUUCUAUUGCUACUAUAGCGUUUUGUAUCGUGAGAAGCAAGCUUAGGCUUUCAGAGGAUGAUCUCAUGAGGGAGGAGGAAAAUCAAGCAUAUUUAGAACUCAACUCCGACGAACAGGAACUUUAUUUUCAAUCUAAGGACUAUCUAACGGCGAAUCCAUAUCUAAGAGAUGAGUUAACAUUAUCGCAGAACUUGCUCAUACAAGAGAAAGGCAUCAUGGCUUUUGAAUUUCAAAAAGAUCUUAUGUUGACUAACAAUGAUUUGAUGAUCAUCAAUAAAACAGAGUUAAAUUUUUUUAAGCAAUUCGAGUGUUCUUCUCAAACAAACCUACCAAUACCAAUGAAAAAUGAUGUUUAUUAUUUUGAGAGCAAGAUAUACUCUUUACCAGAUCCCGAGAAUACAAAAAUAUCUGUGGGUCUUGCUAUAAAACCUUACCCGUGGUUCAGAUUACCCGGAAGGCACCCCUACUCCGUGAGCUAUGAUUCUGAUGGAUACAGAAGACACAAUCAACCAUUUAAAUUUAACAAUGAAAGUCCUUUUCCUACAUUUGUUAAGGGUGAUGUAAUUGGAGUGGGCUACAGGGUUAGAAGCGGGACAGUCUUUUUUACUAGAAAUGGAAAGAAGGUCAGUGAAUCAAAGAUAGGAGGUCAUGUGAAGAACUUCAAGAUCCCUAACGGCGGUCAGAUUUUUCCGACAAUUGGGGCCAACAACUUAUGUUCUGUUCAUGUCAAUUUGGGACAAAUGGGUUUCGUGUUUAUCGAAGGUAAUGUUAAAAAGUGGGGGUUUGCGCCUCUUGAAGGAAAUGGACCAGCACCCCCAGCUUAUAAUAAAUUCAAUUCAGAUAUUUUGCUAGCAAGGUCUGAGAUAGACGAUGACAAUGACCUAAGCGAGAGAGAAGACGACUUUCCUCCUGAUUUUUGGGACGUUCAUGAAGGCGACCCUAGCAAGAAGGAGGACAGCACAGUAGAUCCUGAUAAGUUCAGUUAUAAUGCAUACAGUGAUCUGUUUUCUAAUGAUGAAAGAAUUACACUUAAUAGCCUUUUACCUCCAAAUCAACCACCCUCUUAUAGUAAUGGAGAGGACCCAAUUCUGGUGACUAAUGAUGAGUCUGGAGAAGUUGAAGAGGAUAGACAGGAGCGGUUUGAAGAUAUGCUUAGUCUGGUAGCGAAUGACGAACAUGAAAGUUUUCAGGGUGGAGAGGUGAGCCCAGCUCCUGAAAACAGCUCAAACGAAUAA